CCGCAGACGACCGCCUUCCACAGAACGCACGCUCCGCGAAUUCGACAAGCCAUCUCCUCAAUUUACAGGGGCCGACAAGGAGUCGCCCCUUGACGAGGAAGACCUCGCCAUCAAGAUGGAAUUCGAUGAAGCACUUGCUGUAGAGAAGAUGCAGUAUUGCCUACGCUGUAAAAGGCGAUGGUUCGAUGUAGAGCUGAAGCCUGAUGGAGUUUGUAAGCAUUGCCACGAUAAGGAUGAUAAGAAGCGUGGGGAUGAGCCUUUCUUCUUUUCUGCCAACAACAACUCAGACUUUGGCUCUAUACCUUAAGACUUGCCCCGGCUAGAGCCAUUGGAGGAGAUGUUUAUUUCAAGGGUCCACGUUAGCGUCACUGUAUUUAUAGUACGUAGUAGUGAUACGUGUAGCGAGGAGUAGCAACUAACAAACUAUAGGUUCGUGGGUAGCAGUAUCAAUAUCGUGGGCAUGUUGUGCAUUUCUUGCGCGAUGUUGGUAAGGUUUACAAUGAGCUACCUCUCUUACCUAGAGAUUUA